UGUGUGUGUGUGUGUGUGUGUGUUGUGUGUGUGUGUAGCAUGCGGAGAGACACUACAGGAGUCGACAGGUAACUUUUCGUCGCCCGGUUACCCCAACGGUUACCCCUCGUAUACACACUGUGUCUGGAGGGUCUCGGUCACCCCGGGAGAGAAGAUUGUUCUAAACUUCACCACUAUGGACCUGUAUAAGAGCUCUUGUUGGUAUGACUACAUAGAAGUUAGAGAUGGAUUCUGGAGGAAGGCCCCACUGCUGGGGAGGUUCUGUGGGGAUCAGGGCCCUGAGGGUAUGGUCUCGUCAGAGAGCCGGAUGUGGAUUGAGUUCCGAAGCAGCAGCAACUGGGUGGGCAAGGGAUUCACUGCUGUUUACGAAGCUAUCUGUGGGGGAGAGAUCCUGAGAGACCAGGGGCAGAUCCAGUCUCCUAACUAUCCAGAUGACUACCGUCCGUCUAAAGAGUGUGUUUGGAGGAUCACCGUCGCCCAGGGAUACAACGUAGGACUCAGCUUCCAGGCCUUUGAGAUUGAGAGACAUGACAGCUGUUCCUAUGACUACCUGGAGGUGCGCGACGGCCCGGCUGAAUCCAGCCCUCUGAUUGGUCGGUUCUGUGGAAAUGACAAACCAGAGGAUGUCCGCUCCACCUCACACACUCUCUGGAUGAAGUUCGUCUCCGACGGAACCGUCAACAAGGCUGGCUUCGCUACCAACUUCUUCAAAGAGGAGGAUGAGUGCUCCAAGCCAGAUAACGGGGGUUGUGAACAGAGGUGUGUAAAUACUUUGGGCAGCUUCAAGUGUGCCUGCGACCCCGGGUACGAGCUGGCCCUGGACAAAAAGAGCUGCGAAGCUGCAUGUGGAGGUCUUCUGUCUAAGCUGAACGGUACCAUCUCCAGUCCCGGCUGGCCCAAGGAGUACCCCCCUAAUAAAAACUGUGUGUGGCAGGUAGUUGCUCCAACCCAGUACAGAAUAUCAAUGCAGUUCGAACCCUUCGAGCUGGAGGGCAACGAGGUGUGUAAGUAUGACUUUGUGGAGGUGCGCAGCGGCUUGUCGUCAGACAGUAAGCUGCAUGGAAAAUACUGCGGAACGGAGGUUCCUGAAGUCAUCACGUCACAGUACAACAACAUGAGAAUAGAGUUCAAGUCCGACAACACCGUGGCCAAGAAGGGAUUCAAGGCGCACUUCUUCUCCGAUAAGGAUGAAUGCAGUAAGGAUAAUGGUGGCUGCCAACAUGACUGUAUUAACACGGUGGGAUCAUACGUGUGCCAGUGUCGACAUGGAUUCAUACUACAUGAGAACAAACACGACUGUAAAGAAGCUGAGUGUAAGCAUAAGGUCCACAGCCCCAGCGGGACGCUGAACAGCCCCAACUGGCCUGAUAAAUAUCCCAGUAGGAAGGAAUGUACCUGGGACAUCACCACUACACCUGGACACAGAGUGAGACUGUCGUUUAAUGAAUUUGAGAUCGAGCAGCAUCAGGAGUGUGCCUACGAUCACCUGGAGGCCUUUGAUGGGGACGGCGACUCGGCGGCCAUCUUGGGUCGGCUGUGUGGCAGUAAGAUUCCGGAACCGCUGGUCUCCACGGGCAACAAGAUGUACCUGCGUUUCAUCUCUGACGCCUCGGUUCAGAGGAAAGGAUUCCAGGCCACACACUCCACUGAGUGUGGAGGGAGGUUGAAGGCAGAGACUCGUCAGAAGAACCUCUACUCACACUCCCAGUUUGGAGAUAACAACUACCCUGGCCAUACAGACUGUGACUGGUUGGUGACGUCAGAGGAGGGUUAUGGUAUAGAGUUGACCUUUACGACCUUCGAGGUGGAGGAGGAGGCGGACUGUGGCUAUGACUACGUAGAGCUGUAUGAUGGUUAUGACUCUAAGUCGCACAGACUGGGACGGUUCUGUGGUUCUGGGCCCAGAGAGGAGAUCUACUCUGCGGGCGACGCGGUGUUGAUCCGUUUCCACAGCGACGACACCAUCAGUAAGAAGGGCUUCCACAUCCGUUACACCAGUACCCAGUUCCAGCAGAACCUUCACGCCAGGAAGUGAUGUCACA